AUGCGCUCGCGGGACGCUGUCCGCCUCGACGACCCCUUCCCUGCCCGACCACCGCUCGACGCCCGACCCGCAUCCGCUCGGCAAGACGCACACGCCAUCGACGUCGCUCGCGAGCUCCCUCUCGCGCUAGGGCGUGCCCGCACCGCCCUCGCCGCCUCCCCGUCCUCCUCGGCGGCCGACAUCGUCCUUCGUGCCCGAUCCGCGUCGAGCGCAGACGACGACAACCAGCACCCGCCCAUCCCUCCUCCCCUUAUCCGCCUCGACCCAGAACCGCGCGCCGCUCGCGACGGCCUCCUCACGCCCUUCCUCCUCCACGCCCUCUUCCUCGGCGCCAGUGCCCUCGGCCUCCUCGCGCGCCGCAAGGUGCCCGCGCCGGACCAGGCGCAGCGCAGUACCGCGCACGAGACGGCUGAGCGCGAGCGGCAACAUGCCGAGGACCGCGUCGACGAGCUGCAGGCGCUCGACCUGCUCGUCACAGUGUGCACGGUGCCCGAGGCGACCGGCGUCGACGUCGACCCGCACGCGUGGCGCGAAGGCCAGCUUCGUCACCUGACGAAGCUGCUCGGCCGUCUCGACACGGCGCAGGCGCCCGUCAGCGCCCAGACGGUCGCGUCGGUCCUCCAUUUUGUCGGCUUCGAGGCGCCGGUCGAGCCCGAGGCCCGAUCCCUCGAGGCGCACUCGCCCUCGAGGUACAGCCUGGCGCGGCCCGUGCUCGGCCUGUGGGCCUGGCGGGCGUACGAGGCGUCACGGCUUCAGCCUGACGCCGCUGCCGCGCCCGACCGCCUCGAGGCAAGCAUCCUCGGCGCCUUCUUGGCCCUCCUGUACCCGCCAACCCGCACCGAGGAGAACCGCUUCUUCUUCCCGUCGAACCUGUCGUCCACGACCGACCGCCACAUCCUCAACCUCGUCUCGAAGCGCGUGCUCGCCGACGGCUACACGCCUACGCGCGGGCUCCUCAAGGCGUUCGCCAGCGCCGUUAACCGCGCACGCCGCGUCGACCUGCUCGAGGCGCUCGUCGUUCACCCGGACCUUCACCCCGAGCUGCGCCUCACAGUCGUCCUCAACGCGAUCAAGCACCUCGCCCAGAACGACCUCGGCCGGCACGACGUCGAGCGCGUGUCGCGGUGGGCCAGCAGGCUCGUUGUCGCCAUCGAGCAGCUCGAGACCGUCUCGCUGCAGCAGGUGCGCGACGUCGAGGUGGCCAUACGGCGGCUGCAGCGCGAGUUCAAGGUCGACCCGGCGCUCGUCGCGCCGCUCGUCACGGACGUCGUCGUCGCGCUGCUCCAGUCGCCGGCGCAGCACAAGCUCCUCGAGGGCUCGAUGGUCAUCGGCGCGUUGCGGCACCUCCUGCGCUCCGGCAACACGAGCGAUGCUCGGCGCCUGUUCGACGCCAUCCCGUCGAGCGGGCUCUCGCUCGCGCACUGCGAGGCGCUCCUCAAGUCGCCCGACACGACGCUCGUACGCCACGCCUGGAGCACCCUGCAUGCGCACCCGAUACUCGAGCCGACGAUCCACCUUUGCGAGCUGUACUUUGCCGCCCUCGCCCGCCCGAGCACAGACGACGCCACCUCGUCGACUCGAGUCCGCCUCGCGACCACCGCCUUCCGCCGCGCCCGCCUCCUGUCGUCCACCAAGGUGCCCCUCGACCGCCUGUGGCACGCCUACCUGUCGGUCUGCGCGACGCAUGCGCCGACCGGCAUGGUGCACAAGCUCGUCUCGCGCAUGGAGCGCGAGGACGGGAUCGCGCCGCACGCGCGCACGGCGGCGCUCCUCGUCGAGCGCGAGAUGCGCCGCGAGGACAUCAAGGUGCGCCGCGUCGAGGUCGUCGGCGCGCACGGCGAGCGCGACGUCGUCGUCGAGCGGACGGCGAGGCGCGGCGGCGGCAAGGCGCAGAUGCGGCGCGUGCGGGACACGGCGCGCGAGUGGAGCAGGAAGCUCGCGGCGUCGUCGUGUACGGCGGGCGAUGGCGAGGCGGUGGCGGCAGCGGCGGCGGCGGCCAAGCGGGACGGCGACGAGCGGGUCGUGCCCUGGCAGGCCGAGCUCGACCACCUCGUCCUCAAGGACGCGGUUCGCUGGCGGCGCGAGUACGACACGGCCAAGCUCGCCGUCCUCGUCCGUGCCCGACUCGGCAUCGACCUCGCGCCGCUCGUUCUCGUCGCCGCCGCCGCCGGUCCAGAUCACGACGCCGUCGCCGCCAAGGCCGUCGCCGCCGCGCUCGCCUCGCCCGCAACCCGCACCCUCGACCCCGACGCAUGGCGUCAAAGUCGCGAGCGCGAGCUCAAGCUGUUUGCGCGCGGGCUCGAGCACCGAGGGCGGGAGGACCUCGGCCGGGUCCUGCGCAAGGUGUUGAGGGAGGAGGCGGCGCGCGCUCGGCGGGAGGACCUGCGGCGGCGCAAGGAGCGGCGCAAGGAGGGCUGGAGAGCGAGGCAGAGAGGUGGCGGCACGUAGCACGGCGUGCAGGUGCAAGCGCGAGGUUGUCGAGGCGAGCCGAGCGUCGGCGGUCUGUGCGCGAGUCGCUUCCUCGCUCGAUCUCUCGCGCCGUCUCGCAGCCGGAUCUUCUCCCAG